AUGUCCGAUUAUCGUGAAGAAAGCGAAGCUGUGAAAGCUGAUAUUAUUCUUUUCAUCCAAUAUCGUUUUAUAGCAAAUGCAAAGAAUAUUCAUUUGGCUGAAGAAAAUGCACUGUUGCGCUAUAAAUUAAUUCGUCAAACAAAUGAACAACUGGCAAAAUCGCAAGGCAAUGUCGAUAGUCAAAUGAAAUUAUUUUCGUUGGAGGAAGAACGUGAUAAAAUGUAUGAGAAUUUGGAAAGAUUGAAAGCCAAGUAUAAUAAACUGCACAUGGCUUUUUUGGAGAAGGCAAAGAGAUGCAAGACAUUGGAAGAGGUUUUUGCCAGACAGAAAAUGCUACCAGGAUUAGUGAAGAAAUCUACAUUGGAUCCCACAAGAAAUAAUGAUGUUAUUGAUAAUUCCAGAGACCAACAACUUCAAGACGAAAACAUUAUGAACUCAAACAAGAUCGCCACUCUACAACGAUCUCUCGACGAAGCUUUUGACAUAAUCGAUGAACUUGAAUUUGAAUUGGAAAGUGUCGACUUUCUUGAAAUGGAAAACGAGAGGCUGAAAAACGAGCUGAGCAAGCUCAAGAAGAAGGAUGCCAAUACCACAACUACGUAUACGACGACGAUGGCUAUGACGACAACGACCAAUGACGACGAUCAAAGAAAUGAAGAUCAUCGACUUGGGUAUGAAAAAUCAUCAACCUGUUCAACGGAGUGCGAAGUGCCCGCAUCAGACGAUCUACCCGAUCUUGAAAGCAUCGAACGGUCCAUUCAAACCCAGAGUUUAAUCGAUACCGUGCAAGCUGAAAGCCAUUUACUUCGCAGGGAAUUGCUGCGGUCUCGCUUGCAGAAUACCCCCAGGCCACCACUUCCACCACGACCACCACAGCAUACCACAUCAGGGCUUCGAGAGUCGUCACAGACGCAAAAGGAGGCAAACUCUUCGGAGGAAUGAAAGCUAAAAUAAAUACCUAUACAAAUACAUAUGCUGUGCCGCCUUGCAGAACUAGGUCUACUUCGUCUAGUCUUUAACAACUUUUUGAGGUUAUGUAAUGUUAGCUUGUCUUGUUGCUGCUACUGUCGUGUCGUUGGAUUUUCUUUUUUUUUUUUUUAGUUCAAUUUUGUUGCGCUUAUUGGGGCAAGUUUUGAAUUUCAUUUGAUGUAAUAAAUUAUA